CACAGAAAAGAGAAAAACAGAAACAACACACUCUCUCUCUUUUCAUCUCUCUUCACUGUAUUGCCUUUCCUUUCUCCUCUCUCUCUCUCUCUCUCUCUCUCUCUCUCUCUCUUUCUUCAUAGCAUUUCUUCAGAGUAUAGUUUGUGAAAGUACAGAGCUUUAGAUCUCUGGUUUACAUCAUUUUCUCAAGGGUCAAGGAUGGAUAUCGAAAUGACAAUCAAACCGGAGUUGAUGGAGCUUAGAGAUUUUGUGCGAUGUGAUGAAUGAUGCCACGGUCAGCAUGGUGUUUGGCUUUUGAAAGAUGGUUCAGAUCAAGCUUCUGUGGUUUACCAAUUUACUAUGAAGUGCUGAGUGCUUGCUGAUUUGUCUAAUUACCAGCAAAUAAUGGGUUCAUUUCGUGGCCAUUGUGAAAUUGUUGAAUCAAAGGAUGAGCAUUCCAAAAAGUUUCAUCAAGCACUCGAACCGGACAGAAAGCAGAAGCCACCUCUGGUUAGAAAAGGAGCCAGUAAAUUCUUAGAAGAUGAUAUCAAUCAGCUCUUCGAAGCGAUCAAUGUAAGAACAUCGAAGAGUCUGGAUUUGACAGAUAAAGUUAGAAGAGAUGCCUCAAAAAGGCCAAUGAGGGGUGGUGGAUCUCAUUCUCCAGUAACAGGGUUUUCUGAUCCAGUUUCUCUAAAGCAGGCGCUUCGGGGUUUAUGCAUUUCUCAGGCAGCAGAAAUGGCUGCAAUGAAGCGAUUAUCAAAGCUGCCAGGUUCUCCUAGUGUUCUAGAAGCUGGACGGAUUACAUGCUCUUCACGGUUUGCAGAUACAAGUGAAAGCAUUUCUGGAUCUCUCCACAAGGUGCUCCAUAAACCCCAAGAACGAUACGUGAAGUCAGCAAACCAUAGUCCCCUUUCUUCUCCACGAUUUGCCAUUAAACCAUUCAUCGGUAUGCACCAUAAUGGAAGAGUAGUACCAGCAGAAAGCACGUCUAGCUCUGUGCCUCAUCAAAUUCAAGAGGCCAGGCUAAAGUCACCAGGUCAAAGUGCGCUUUCUUCUCCACGAUAUGUUAGUAAACUGAGUAUUAAAAGUACAGAGUCCACGUCCCGUCAGAAGGAUUCUCCACAGCCUCCAGAAGCCAAGAUGAGGCCAACCAGUCAAAGUGCUCUCCCUUCACCUCGAAUUGGUGAUAAACCGGUAAUUAAGUAUGCAGAAUCAAUUGUAGUGCAAAAUGAGAAGACAGGACCCGAGGAAAGCAUUUCAGGCUCUUUCGACGUGAUGCCUCAGUACCUUAAAGAGCCCAUGAAUUCCUCAAACCAAGGUGUGAUUUCUUCUCCUAGGUUGGUAGCUGCACAAGCUUUACAGAUUACUACUCCCAGUCUCCAGGAAAAUAUGAAUCAAGCAACAAACAACCAUGAGAUGAAACCACUAGGAACAGCAUCAACUAAGGGAAAAAACCAAACUGCAGUUCCUUCCUCAUCUUCAUGUGAGUCUAGUAAUGUUGUAUUGAUGUCUGGACCAAAAAGAUCGCCAGAUAAUCUGAAGAGAAAUGUGGUGACAUCGUUUAGAGUAGCAAAUAAAGCAGCUCUAAAGCUGAGACGGAAAGGCAGGUCGCAGGCGGUGUCUUCGUCAAAUGUAACAAGAGGCAACAAGGAGACCAAAUCGACAAAAAGCACCACUCGUUCCGUAAAGCCUCCAGUUAAAAGCAAAUAUCUUGUGAAGAAGAAAUUGAAAGAGGAGGCAGCACUAGCAUCUGGCACUUUUAAUCUAUGCUAUGAAAUAAAUGAUUCCACAGAAUCACCUAGUCAACUUAUCUGCCAGAGAUGUCAGUGCACUCUUGAGGGUGCGGGGAAGGAAUCCAAUAAAGAACCCGCAAAGCAAAUCUCUGGAUGUAUGACUGUCGCAGCCAGUGAAAAUAGUAUUAGCUGUGCUGCUAAUGACUAUGACAAUGUCGGUAUUCCUGUCUUGAAAUUCAACAAGACAUCAAAAUCUAGGGAGCAAGGGGAAUUCUCUCAAAGCUCAAAGAGUAGUAUUGGUGAUUAUAGUACUAGCACAACCAUCAGUGAAGAGAGCAACCUAAGCGGAUCCUUUUCUGGGAACAGACCGCACAUGUCUAAGGAUGGCAGGUGGGAGGCUAUCAAUCAGGUGAGGAAACAAUAUGGAUUCUUAGGGUUAAGUCACUUCAACUUAUUGAAGAAGCUUGGUUGCGGAGACAUUGGCACGGUCUAUCUUGCUGAGCUGCUAGAAACUAACUGCUUGUUUGCAAUAAAAGUUAUGGAUAAUGAAUAUCUGGCAAGAAGGAAAAAGAUGCCGAGGGCCCAAACUGAAAGAGAGAUUCUGCGAAUCCUGGAUCAUCCUUUCCUGCCAACACUCUAUGCGCAGUUCACUUCAGACAAUUUAUCAUGUUUAGUUAUGGAGUUCUGCUCAGGUGGUGAUUUGCAUGUCCUCCGACAGAAGCAGCCAAGCCGAUACUUUUCUGAGCCAGCAGCAAGGUUUUAUGUUGCUGAGGUCCUCCUUGCGCUGGAGUAUUUGCAUAUGCUAGGAGUUGUUUACCGUGAUUUGAAACCAGAAAACAUUCUAGUCCGAGAAGAUGGUCACAUCAUGCUUACUGAUUUUGACCUCUCACUCAGAUGUUCGGUCAAUCCCACUCUUCUUCAAUCAUCCUCAUUGGGAAUAGAAGCUCCAAGGAUUUCUGGUCCAUGUGCAGGAUCCAACUGCAUUGAUCCUUUUUGUGCGGGACCAUCAUGUCAAGUUUCUUGCUUUAGCCCCAGAAUUUUUCCCGGUUCUGCAAGAGUAAGAAAGCUAAAAGCUGAAGCUGCCUCUCUUAACAGAUCAUUGCCUCAGCUCGUGGUGGAGCCAACAGAAGCUCGGUCCAACUCAUUUGUCGGUACACAUGAAUACUUGGCUCCUGAGAUCAUUAAAGGAGAGGGCCAUGGGAGUGCUGUUGACUGGUGGACUCUCGGUGUUUUUCUUUACGAGCUUCUAUACGGGAAGACACCUUUUAAAGGUGCUGGAAAUGAAGAAACUUUGGCGAAUGUGGUUAUGCAGAACCUCAGAUUUCCUGAUAGUCCGAUUGUCAGUUUUCAAGCGAGGGAUCUUAUCAGAGGGUUGUUAGUAAAGGAGCCUGAGAAUCGAUUGGGAACAGAGACGGGAGCUGCUGAGAUUAAAAGACACCCUUUCUUUGAUGGCCUGAAUUGGGCACUGAUACGCUGCGCCAUUCCACCUCAAGUACCUGGAGUUUCAAAAGUAGCUUUUCAGGAAAAGAGCAAAAAGUUUCUGGAGUAUAGUUCAACAGGAGAACAUCUAGAAUUUGAGCUGUUCUAGCGAAGACUGGUGUUUACUGUCUGGUUGUGAUGUAUCCUUUGCUCCUGCCCCUUGUUGAAACAGAUAUCUAAUUUAUAAUGUAAAUUGCCAAGAACAACAAGUGGUUCUUAUCUACAUCACGAAAAAAUUUUGCUCAGUGAAAAUUACGUAGCAUGUUGGAUGCUGUAGUAUGCUUUAUUAUGCCAUAUCAGUCAGACCUCUCUAUAA